CCCAAUUGCACCGGCAUCGCCGCAUCGCCCGCAGCCAUGCCCCGCACUCUCGCCCGGCUCACGUACAAGAAGCCGCCGGCGCCCAUCAACUUCGCCCGCCUCGACGCCGCCCACCCGCAGUACACGUCGCAGCUGGAGAAGCGGGUAGAGCGCCAUGUCGUGCGCCAGUCGAACCCCAAGCACAUCCGCCUCCAGACAGUCGUGAACCCAAAGUCGAAGCCGCAGUCGUCGGGCCAGACGGCGCUGAGACCCAUCAAGCCCUUCACGCUCGCCGACCACGUCGACCCCGAGGGAACGACACGCCACGGCCAGGUCAUCUACGUCUUCCGCAAUGCAAAGACCAACCAGAUCAUCUACUCGCUGCAGGAGCUGCUGGAUAACCACCACCUCGCCCAGCUCCCCUUCAUCGGCAAGCACUCCAAGCCCCCCACCCUGCGCCCCGACGAGUGGAUACCGCAUUGUGUCGUCACCUUCCCCACCCCCGAACAGGGCCACAAUGCCUUCCGAAAGCUGCGCGAGUUCCGCAAGCUGCACGAGCUGUCGUGGGAAAAGACCAACCCGUCAUGGAAGCACAUGAGCGCCAAGGACCGUAUGCACAGGAUCAUGGACCAGCGUGCGAACAUGAGUGCCGAUCUCGCCGAGGUCCUGCACAUACAGGACAAGGUGGGUGUGUCCAUGCGAGAGGCGUAUGACGAGCAGCAACGCAAGGCGACCGAGUUCAUGAACAAGAGGUGGCCGCAGAUCGACGCCCUCGCAAACGCCGCCGUGGCCAAGGAGAAGGUUGCCGACAACCCCAAGUGGCUCGAACACCAAAUCCGCUCCAUGACAACAAAGCUAAAGAUGAAGCACAACCAGAACGAAGCCGACCAGAAGCGCCUCUCCUCCGCAAAAGCCAGCCUCGAAACCCGUCUCAAGCGAAUCACCUACGCGCGCCGAAAGGCCGAGCAAUUCAAGGACGCCCAAGACGCCCUCACCAAAAAAGCCGCAAACGCAAACAAAUUCAAUGCCACCGAGCACCUCGCAAAGCUAAAACGCGAAGCCCGCACCCUGCAGACGAGGCUCGACUUCCCCGACCCAGACGACGAACACCCCGCACACAUCCGCCACCUCCUCCGCGGCCGCCAGGAGAGAAUCGCCGAACUCGAACAGGCCUUCAUCUUCAAAGCUCAGGCCGCUGCCCGCGACCACCACAUCGCUCGUUCCGUCCUGCCCCGCGUCCUCAAAAAUACACUCCCCACCCCCUUUUCCCUAACAGACGUCUCCAUCAAAUGGGCGGACAUCAUCGACGCUUCGCACGCCGCCGGCAACUGGCCCGAGGCUAUCCUGCACGACGUCCUGGGCGUGAACAAUAUCCGCAGCGACAUUACGUACUUGUCCGCCGAGGACUUUGAGAUUGAGAAAAAUAACGAGGUUAGCAGGAUUCUGAGCGCGUUGAGGGAUGAGGCCCAGGAGAAGGGGGAUGAGAAUGCUAUUAUGGCCCUGCGGGAUGAGCCGGAGCUGGAGCUUGAGCCGCCGCAGAAGACGGGCGUGUUUAGGUAUUUGCCCGAGAUGAGGAAUCCGUUUAGAAAUGCGACGGUGUAGGGGAU